AGCGGACGGGCCGCGGCGUCGAAGCGACAGGGACGGACCGGGAGGCGCCGCCGUUCUACCGCCCCGCGCACCCGCCCAGCCGACAUGAGUGACCAGCAGCUGGAUUGUGCCUUGGAUUUGAUGAGGCGCCUGCCUCCCCAGCAGAUAGAGAAGAAUCUCAGUGACCUCAUUGACUUGGUCCCCAGCCUGUGUGAAGAUCUCCUGUCCUCUGUGGAUCAGCCCUUGAAGAUUGCACGAGACAAGGUGGUGGGCAAGGAUUAUCUAUUGUGUGACUACAACAGAGAUGGGGACUCGUACAGGUCACCGUGGAGCAACAAGUACGACCCCCCCCUGGAGGACGGUGCCAUGCCCUCGGCUCGCCUGCGCAAGCUGGAGGUGGAAGCCAACAAUGCCUUCGACCAGUACAGAGACUUGUAUUUUGAAGGUGGAGUCUCCUCUGUCUACCUCUGGGAUCUGGAUCAUGGCUUUGCCGGGGUGAUCCUCAUUAAGAAAGCUGGAGAUGGAUCAAAGAAGAUUAAGGGAUGCUGGGAUUCCAUCCACGUGGUGGAGGUUCAGGAGAAGUCCAGUGGCCGCACUGCCCAUUACAAGCUGACCUCCACAGUGAUGCUGUGGCUGCAGACCAACAAAACUGGCUCUGGUACCAUGAACCUGGGGGGGAGCCUCACCAGACAGAUGGAGAAGGAUGAGACUGUGAGUGACUCCUCUCCACACAUAGCCAAUAUCGGCCGCUUGGUAGAGGACAUGGAAAACAAAAUCAGAAGUACACUGAAUGAGAUUUAUUUUGGAAAAACAAAGGACAUCGUUAAUGGGCUGAGAUCUAUCGAUGCUAUUCCUGACAACCAAAAGUAUAAGCAGUUGCAGAGGGAACUUUCUCAAGUGUUGACCCAGCGCCAGAUCUACAUCCAGCCUGAUAACUAAACCAAUCCAGGUACCCUCGCUGCCUGUGAGGUGUGAGCAGCACUAAACCAGGACUCACCAGCCCAGCCCUGCAUGGAACCGGGAAGAACUAACCCCUAAUCCUGCAGGGACAGCCCAGGCACCCCGGGGUCUGGCUCAGUGCAGCCACUCAGUGCUGUGGCUCUUGUUUGAAAUGUUGUUACCUCCUCCCCCAUGGAAACCUCACACUGGGAACUGGGGCAGGAUUUACCACUCUGCACUCUGGCUUGGGAGCAGGAAAGGAGCACGUGGUCCUGUGCCUGGAGUGCUGUGGGAUUGGGCUGAUCCAAUCCAGGAGCCCCAGGACUCUGUCCCUUGGGCACCAGCAGUUUGUUACACCUGUGGUACACCACUUCCAGGAAGAAAUUCCCUGUAAUCCCAGUGUCCUCCCUGCAGAAUGAAAUCUUGGGAGUCUCACAGUUCGAAAAAAAAAAAAAAAAAGCCUGGUACUUCCCAUGAAUUCAGAGUAAAUGUGCUCUUGCCCACACGGUGGAUUUUGAAUUUCCCUGGAGCUUGAAAGGCAGUCCUGCUCAGACACUGCCAGCCUCCACUUGCUUGUGCUCUGCACAGCCUCCAGAGGGAUUUGUUGCUGUGCUCGUUUGCUCUGGAGCUCUGAGUGUCAGGGUGCACGGCAGUGACUAACCCCGAGCCAGCCUAACCUUCCACUCCAGUUCCUAACGAGUUCCAGAUGUUGUUUCAAACUCAUCCAGCUGACCAAGGGGAAACUCGCUGUUUGUUGAUAGUGGCCAAGAACCACUUCUUCAACCUAUGACAAAUGCAAAUAUAAAUGUAUAUGUUUUUGUUAAAGCAGCAAAAGUCUCCAGAGACAAGAGAAUGGAAAUACUGUUAUAAAAAUGGUAGGAAAAUCACCACCACAAAGAGCAGCCUUGUUUACAGGAGACAGCAACCAGAGAAAAUGAGGUUGCUCUGAAUCACAGAAUCCCAGACUGGUAUGGGUUGGAAGGGCCCUU